UUAAACGAUGGAUUAUUGAUUCGGCUCUCGGUUUAAUUCAUUCUCUGGAAUCACCAGUUUCUCCUCGUUUCCUCAUGAUGGAUGAAGCAGCUGUUUUUUAUGACGUGCCUUGCUUGACCCGUAAAACCAGCAAAGAUCUCCUUCUGACCUUCUCCCCACUGAGGAUCAUUCUAAUGGGGAACAGUUGGUCUUCAAGAAGCGAGGUUGGGAACGCCCUACUGGGACAAUCCCAGUUCAACACCGAGGUAGAACCAGAAACCUGCCUGAGUUUCACAGGACAGCUGAUGGGGAACGGCUUGGUCAUCAUCAACACUCCAAACCUGCUGCUGCCCAGCAUCUCCCAGUUCCACCUGAUCGAGCACAUCGAAUGCUGCAUGAGACUUUCUUCUCCUGGACCUCAUCUGUUCCUGCUGGUUCUGCAACCUGAAAGCUUCACAGAAGACCACAAAGACAGGCUCUGCAGAAUCCUGGAACAUAUCAGUGACCAAUCCUUUGCUCACUCGCUGGUUCUGAAAACACCCAGAGAGACUCCUGGACAAAACUCGGUCGGUCCGGGGGCCCUAGAGGCCAUGGUGAGGAACUGCAGAGGAGAGUUUCUGUGGAAGAGGACCACCAAACUCUCUGAGAUCUGGCAGUUUUUGGAAAAAACUCUGACAGAGAACAGAGGACGACGAGUCAGCUCAGAGAAGUUUGAGGAGCAGACAUCCAUGAACAGCCAGGUUUCCAGUUCGGCCUUCAGAAUAGUUCUGUUUGGGAAAAGUGAAGAGAUGAAGACCAAACUGGGGAACUUUAUUCUUGGUAAAGGCCGAGAGGAUUUCCAUAAAACAUCUUCUCCUAAAUGUGCAGCUGCUAACGGAGAGUGGAGAGGAUAUUCACUGACGGUGGUUAAAACUCCAAACUUCUUCCACAUGUCUGAGAAAAAACUCAAAGCAGAAAUGAAGGAGUGUGUGAGACUCUGUGAGCCUGGACCAAAUGUCCUUCUGCUGCUGGUCAAACCUUCCUCAUUCUCCCAGAGGAAGAGGCAAAGCCUCUCAUCCACCCUCGGUUUGCUCGGACCGGACGCUGUGAAACACUCGCUGGUGGUUAAGACACAUGAACAGAUCGAAUCUGGGCCGAUCAAGCAGCUGAUCAGAGACUGUGAUGAACGACAGUACAACAUGUAUGAAAAUGACCAGAGGGCAUUAAUGAGGAAGGUAAAGGCCACCGUGCACCUCAACAAGGGACUCUACCUCACCUUGGCUGAAGAGAACAUGGACCCAGAACCUGGACUUCACAGGAGAACCUUAAACCUGGUUCUGUGUGGGACAAGAAACGCAGAGAAAACCUCACUAGCGAAGGUCAUUUUGGGUCAGACAGAACUUCAUUUGGACUCCAACCCUUCAGACAUCGUCAGGAACGAAGGAGAGGUGUGCGGCCGUUGGGUUUCUAUUCUGGAGAUGCCUUCACUGUACGGAAAAGCUCAGCAGGAAGUGAUGGAGGAAUCCUUCAGGUGUGUCUCCCUCUGUGAUCCUGAGGGUGUCCACGCCUUCAUCCUGGUCCUACCUGUGGGUCCCCUCACUGAUGAAGACAAGGGAGAGUUACACACCAUCCAGGACACAUUCAGCUCUAGAGUCCAUGACUUCACCAUCAUCCUCUUCACCACAGAGACUGAUGCUGCAGCUCCUGCUGUCACUGACUUCAUCAGGGAAAGCAGAGGCGUCCAGGAUCUCUGCCGGAGCUGUGGAGGAAGAUAUUUAGUUCUGAACAUCAAGGACAGGCAGCAGAUCCCAGAGCUGCUGCGAGUCGUAGAAAAAACAAUCAUGUCUGAAGAUGAGCAACUUGGAUACACAGCCAAAAUACACGCCAACGCUCAGGCAGAAAAAAUCUGGGAAAAAGAUAAAAACAUUGUACAUCUGGAGGAAGAAGUUCAGAACCUCAAAUGGAAAGCCAACAUCAGCAGAGUCGAUGGACCGCCGGCCCCAGACUCUCUUAGGAUCGUCCUGAUCGGUAAGACCGGCUGUGGGAAGAGCUCCUCUGGAAACACCAUCCUGGGAAGAGAGGAAUUCAAAGCUCAGGCUCUCCAGAAAUCUGUCACCAAGUAUUGCCAGAAAGCUCAGAGUGAAGUCGCCGGCCACUCAGUCACUGUGGUCGACACUCCUGGACUGUUUGACACCAGCCUGUCCAACGAUGAAGUCAACCAGGAGAUGACCAAGUGCAUCAGCCUCCUGGCUCCUGGUCCACACGUCUUCCUUCUGGUGCUGCAGAUCAGCAGGUUCACUGCAGAGGAGAAGGACACAUUAAAACUGGUCAAGAGAGUCUUUGGAAAAACGUCUGAGAAGUUCACCAUCAUCCUGUUCACAAAAGGAGAUUCAUUAGAACAUCAUUCAAUGUCUUUAGAGGAAUACAUCGAGACAGGAGACGAUCAGAUCAAGAAUCUCAUCGAUGACUGUGGAGGACGGUACCACAUGUUCAACAACUACAACAAAGAAAACAAAGCACAGCAGGUCUCUGGGCUGAUAGAGAAGAUCAAGCAGAUGGUGAAGAAAAACGGCAGCGGCUGCUUCACCAAUGAGAUGCUGAGGGAAGCCGAGGCGGCGAUCCAGAAAGAAGUGGAGAAAAUCCUGGAACAGAAGAACGAGGAGAUGCAGAAAGAGCUGCAAACGAUUGAGAAACAACGAGACAAAGAAAUGAAAGAGCUGCAGGAGAGGAUGGAGGAAGAAGAAGCAGCUCUAGCAAGUCACAGAGAAGAUACAUUAAAACAACUGGAGCAGGCCAGAGUUAAAAUUACCAAUGAGACUGAGAGGAUAAAGAAAGAGAAGGAAAAGAGGGAUGAAGAAGACAGGAAGAAGAAGAGAGAGGAGGAGAAGGAAAAUCAGGAGUCUGAAGCAAAACUGAUAAAUUUGCAGGAAAAAAUUGAUUCUACGACAGAUCUGGAGAAGAAAAGUUUACUGGGACAACUUAAAGAAAGUACGAGGAAAGAGCAAGAGAACAGGAAGAAGGAGCAGAAGGAAUACUGGGAACGUCGAAGGAGAGAGAACGAGAGCAGACGGAAAAAGGCUGAAACAAAACUCAAACAGCUCCAAAUGUAUUACGAUCAGAACAAAAAGACGUCCGAACAGCAGACUGAACAGGAGAGCAAAAAACUGGGAGAGUUGGACGAAAAAUAUGAGAAGAAAGCAGCGGACAUCAAGAAGAAGUUCCAAGAGGAGGCGAGAGCACAAGCUGAAGAGCACAACAACUUCAGGGAGAAAUACACAGAAAACUUUGCUGGUCUGAUGGAGGAACACCGGGAGGAAAUCCAGAACCUGGAGCGGAAACACCAGAGGGAGAUGCAGGAGAAAGAGGAGAAACGGCAGAAAGAGUACAAACUGCUGGACAACCUGCUGGUUCACAAAGAGGAACGACUGAAAGAAGAACUGGAGCACAAAGACCAGCAGCUGAAAGAAAUGGAGGAAUUAAAGAUCGCCCAGGAGAGAGAGCUGAAGACCAUGAAGGAGAAAUACAAGAACAGAUGUUUGAUCUCCUGAGAGGUUCUGGUCCAGGGAUCGACCCACUUCAUCGACUGGCCUGUGGAUUUACAUCAACAACAUCUCAACAUGUAGCAGUUAGCAAUCAGCUAAUUUAUGACUCCAGAUCCAAACCUCCAGGUCCAAACCUCCAAGUCCAAACCUCCAAGUCCAAACCUCCAGGUCCAAACCUCCAGGUCCAAACGUCCAGGUCCAAACGUCCAGGUCCAAACGUCCAGGUCCAAACCU